AAAUAUUCCGACAAAUGUGCUCAAAAGGCACAAGUAUGUUCUGUACGUUGUUUUGUCCACGCUAGUGAACAAACGGCUCUGCAGGUGAUGUUGAUUGAGGUGUACCUGGCCUUAGAUGCUUAAAAGCCCUGGAGCAAGCAGACUUAUGGAGAGAGAGGCUUUUAAUGGGGGAUGCUGUGUCUUGUGCCUCUCAUACAAGGAUUUGUGAGCUUCACACAGAGAUGGGAAACCCUGACGCCAGUGAAAUGGAUUACAUUUGAACAAAACAAGAAUAAAAAGCGCCUGGAAACUACCUGUUGAGGACGGAAGUGUUGACUGACGGUGUCUAAUGACGUCCAUCCUUUCUGCUCCUGUUCUUCUUCUUUUCUGUUUAAGAUGUCACUUUUCUCCUCCUGUCUUCCCUCUGUAUUGCUCUUAUUUUAGGCUAAAGAUCGUAAUCUUUCUUUCCAUGAGCUAACCUUUCUUUCUAAAGACUUUCCUCAGCUCUCCCCUCUCUUCCUGUUCUCUUCUCUUUUCUGCCAUGUCUGUAUCCAUGAGGAAUCCUCCCCAGCGCCGGCGCUCUCUGGGUCCCGUCUCGCCUAAACGCAUAUAUAGAAACCUGUCCGUCAGACUGAGGGGUGGAGAGUCAUCUGUUGCCGGGGAGACUGACACGCCCAAACACCUCAGCAAGUCUGCAGAUGCUUACAUGUCCCUGUGGGAGGCAGUGGAAAAUGAAGAUACUCUGGCCGUGCAAAGCCUGCUGUCCAGAGACCACACCAACUGUGGGGGAGGAGGGGGAAGCAUGUGGGAGAGAGGAGAGAAGAAGACCAAGGACUGGGAGCGAGAGAGGGAGAAAGGGGUGAACCGAGUGAGCGAUCAAGGCCUGGUCCCCCUAGACGUGGCUGCGCUUACCCACAAUUCCCCUCUUCUGCAUGUGUUGGCGAAGGCAGGAGCAAGACAUAACCCUGUUUUGUGCCGACCAGCAGAGUGGGAGCUGAAGCUGGAUUCUCUGGUGUCACUUGCGGAGAAACGAGUGGAAGAGAAGAAGAAGGAGUUGUUAAAGAAAGCAGGGACGGGACCUCAGGCACAGGCUGACGUCCACAGACACAUCCGCCUGUGGAGCCUCAGGCUGCAGCUGUACUGCCGGAUGAGAGAGAACUUUCAAAACACAGAGCUUCCAGGGCCUCCCAGUCACGUGUCCAUAGUGGUGACCAGCUCUUCGUCUCUGUUUCUGACUAUCAAGGAGCCUGAAGGGAACAACAUUGGGCUCAUCAGCCGAUAUAGAGUUGAAUGGAGCACCUCAGCCAGCUUCAAACGCAUCCUCGGCUCUGCCCAAGUUACAGAGACAAAGAACCCAUCCCACAGUAUCAAGGGACUCACUGCAGGAGUGCAUUACUUUGUGAGAGUGAGUGCCUUCAAUGUGAAAGGAUGGGGCCCACCUCAGAGCUCCACUCCAGUCAGCGCUGCCCCCUCCAGUUGGAGAGAGUGCAAUGGAGUGAAGUCGCAGCUCAGAAAUCAUGAAGGCCUCGUGAGAAAACUGCUGGAAGACGCCAGAGAACCGAGUUACAGAGGAUUUUGCAUAGAGAGCUCCAAGCCCCAGAGUCCCAGCAAGCGUCUGUCUGUGUCCCGAGGCAUCAAACAACUGUUCCAGUCCGCCACCAAGUUUGUUCGUCUCCUGCAGAGGGGUGUAUACUUGGCAACUGUCUUCUACCACAAAGAAAACAUCCUGGUGACAGCAGAAGAUCAAAUUCCUUUGGUGGAUAUCCAGUGCUGCUCCACUUCCCUCACCCAGGACUUUGCUUGGUUUGCAAAGCUGUCCUGUGCAUGGCAGCAGGUUCCCUGGCUGCAGCAGGCCCUCUCCUCAGCUCAUUCGUCUCCCUCCUCCCUCCUUCAGAACAGGCACAAUAUCCUACGAGCUGUUUCCCAGCUGCAGUCCUCCCUGGGAACGAUGGAUCUGGGCCAGGUCUACUACGAGCCUCUGAAAGACCGGCAGGGCAACGUCUUACUGGUGACUCUGAGGGAGUUCCCAAACCCUCCCAGCCCUCCUGACCCACCGCUGCACUGGUUGCCCCUGGCUCGUCUGGAAAAGAACCGAAGCAGAACUCCUCUGCUGCCUGAGCCGACUGCCAUGGACAUGCUGUACGAGCAGCUCAAGGAGAAACUGUCCUUCCACAGACACAGCACUCAGUGGGCUCAGCCCGGUCUCUAUGUUGGCAUCCUGAAACUGUGGAGCUCGGUCGAGCAGAUCCGGGUCCUGGUGCCUCAGAGGCUGCCAAAUCUGCUCUGCCACACACGAGUCAGACACAACGCCCACGUGUCAAGAGAGGAGUGGGAAUGGCUUCAGAGCCAUGUUUACACGGCGGCCGACAGCGCUCAGAACCUGCUGAGCGGCGAGGACGAGAGCUCGAUGGAGAGCAGCAUGCUGGAGUUCAUCAUGUCUCUGAGAGCUGCUGUUACACAUCUGCUAACAAAGCUCAACAUCCCCCUCUACAGGGCGUAUCAGUAUGGAGUCUACACCCGGGAGCUUCUGCAGUUUGGAGACAAGGUGUCCGUGCUGCUGUUGCUCCCUCCCAGUGAGGACUUCAGCUCCAGUUACUGGCCUCUGGUGGGGACCAAGGAGCCCGGGCUCACCAUGCCUCUGCAGAUCUUUGAGCUGGUUCACUUCUGGACGUACGAGCGGGACUUUCUGUCCCAGUACUGUCAGGCCUGGGUCAGGCUGGAACUAGACACCCAUCUGGCCCAGCAGGCUCUGAGGGAGGCGCUGGACACCAAGGAGGUGCAGGAGGCUCGAGAGCGGCUCAGCCACAUCACAGAGUUCUCCCAACGUCUGGAUGCUGUGUGGAGGGAUGCUCGCUGGAUCAUGGACUGUCUGCAGUGCGUGCGGUCCAAGCAGUGGGUGGGGGCCGUGCCUCUGGGCCUGGUGAUGGGAGGAGACCCACCGGCUCGUCCCGAGGGCGAGGAGGAGGAGGACAGUUUGGCCUCCAGACUGAUGUGGCCUCAUCGGAUACAAGCCCAGAGAGCGGUUUCAGAGUCUACAGUCAGCGGGACUCCACCAAACGUCGUAACCGCCGAGGUCUCUGCUCCAACAGGAAUUAUGGCGGCCCCUGAAGAGGCGCUGGUGUUAAUGGAGGGUGUUGCAAAGGGAGGAUAUCCUGUAGACAUCGCCGCUCAGUCCACCGUAGACCUGACGAGCAUCGGACAGUCAGAGCUGGACUGUGCAAACGCUUUAAUCGAGUCUGGGCUGGAGCCUGCAGCUGUCGCUCAGUUAGACAUGGGUUUUAGCGUUUUGGACACUCAGGUGUCGUUCACCGAGGAGGAGGACAUUCCUCCCAGCAUCACUGAGGUGAUCCGGCCCAUGGAGAUGGCAGAGCUGGUGGACAUUCUGCCCACGCUGAGUCGCAUCGAGGAGGAGACGCCGAGCGGCCCAACGACGCCGUCGGUGAUGGAUAUGUUAGAGAGCUUCGGGCUGGGGAUCGGAGAGAGCACGACCUUCUUUGACCUUGAAGAUUCAAACAUGAUGAACGGAACAGGGGGGCCGGAGUGCCACAACACCAGCACGCGCUUUGAGAAUACAGCUACAGAUGGACCAAACCAUUCUCACAGCAUUAACACACAACCAUUAACCACUGAAACACACUCAUUAACCAUUAACACGCCUGGUCCUGAUGCUUUGAGCUCAGGUUUUCCUGCAGAGGACACACAGACUCAGGUCGCCUCGAACAAGGCAGCAAGCUUUCCAGUGAGGAACCAGGUGGAGUGGGACAGACCCUUCAGUAGUUCAUCCUGAUAUCUGCUCUGCAAACCUCUUAGUUUAAACUAUCUACACAGAAACUAGUUUUUCUAAACUUUUUUGUCACCUCGACAUAUUUCAGCCACUUAUCUCUGCAGUCUUCCUCAGAAGAGUCGCAUGAUAAGAUGCAUCACAGAAACGUCACAUGACUCUUGAAGAAGGCUGCAGGGAGUGAGCAGUUGAAUCCUGUCAAUGUAAUAAAACGUCACUAGUCUGUCACUAAGAAAAAUAUUUAUACGAGUCAUUUUAAUACAGCAGCCUGUAGCAUAUAGUCUUUUCAGCACCACCUGUGCAGGGGACAUCAGGUGUUUUAGAGGACAACCUAUUUAGAGAACACAAACCUCAUCUAACAGGAGUGGAAAAUAAAACGGACUCCAUGACAAGACUUCUUUAAGUUGCUUAUAUCUGGGAUAAUGGCCAGACUCUUAGAACUCCUUGUGUAGAGGAGGUAACAGUAGUUUUUAUGGCUUAAAUGCAUCACUAACUGCAGCACUGCAACAUUACUGCCUGUUGGAGCAGAUACACAAACUCUUAAAUUCAACCACAUGGAAACGUUUGCUCUGCUGACUAUGAGGUGAACGUUGUUACGACCCUAGCUUAGGGGAAAGAAAUCAGGGCUAUCAAUCAGUAUCAAUUAUCUUUAAUGCAAAGAAUAUUAAACAAGUAAGCAAAGAAAGAUGGCUGAAGUCAUGCUGAUGAUCUUGGCUGCAGGCUGAGAGAGAGAGAGAUGGAGGAGCUUGACUUUUGUGUCUCUCACCAGUUUAUGAACCAUUAUUUCUAGUGUUUCAGGUUGAAUAUGAUUAAAACAGUGCCCGUAUCUGUUUUACUUAGACAUGUUCCAAAACAAUUUUUUUCCUUCCCAAUACCAUACCAAGUACCAGUCCUUUACAUGUAUAUGAAGCAUUGGGAUUAUGACAACCUUUUGCUCGCUCAAUAGUUUCCCCUCAGCUGAUCCCUGGAUGUUGUUAGCCUCAUAGCAUAAUUGCAUGAGUUAUAUUUCCACGUUUUUAGAAAAACAACAAAUUGGCAAACUCAUAGGAUUUUUUUAAAUUUAUACUUUAAUAGUAAGUUCUAACAGAUGUGGUUUUCAAAAGAAAACCCACAAGGACUACAUGACAAAUAAAAAUGACUUAAUAGAUAAUAAUAAUAAUGAUAGAUGACUUAGGCAUAUAGUGAUUAUGGACUGUAACGAGCACUCUGAUUGGCUGAGGAUGUAGGCAAUAACUAAUGAUGUACAGCCUGAGAAGAAAGCGUAUUUUUGUACAACAAAAUAACUGAGACCAUCUAAAUUCUUUUAGCUGCAAACAAGAGUAAAAAUAGAGUUUUUUAUCUACCUUGUCAGCCAAGAAUUACAGUUGGUGUUUUAAUAGAUGCAUUCAUGGUUGGAUUUUUUUUUUUAUUCAAAUACUGAAGGGAAAAUUCUCAAACAGUGUAUUAUUGUAGAAAGACUAAGGGACAUGCACGAGGGGAAAAAAGUGAAUGAAAAGGAUCAGGUACUCCUCAAGAGAACAGAGAUUAAAAUCGCUGUCGUGGUUGUUUGCAAACAAAGUCCAUCUGUUUUCAAAAGGACAAGAUGAACAUCCUGAUGAAGACACGCUUAGGUCAUAACACUGAGGCACGUUCCUGUUUUUGAAAGGAUUUUGAUAUAGCUGAGCACCUCAGAUUUUCAGUUUGACAUGCUUUAAUAUGGACUUUGGUUGCAAAUGACCCAGACAGUCACGUAUUCAUUUGCAAUUUAAGUUAUUUUUAUUUUUACAGCCCACAUUUAGAGAAUUCAGUCACUGUUGUUUUUGACUUGAAAUGUUCAGUCGCUCGUUUCUGAUGCUCUUUUUUCUGAAAUCACUUUAGCGUUUCAUGUUGUGCGUGAAACUGUAAAUUUUAGAGCAGCAAAAAAAAUCAACUCUUAAGUUUCAUCACCUCAAAGAUCUUAAAGGCAUUCACCUUUAUGCCCCUGUGUUUUCACUCUGUUGAGAUUUAGCCGUUAUAUCAUCUUUAUUUACCGCAUCUGUACCGCUCAUGCAUAUCAGCCAGAGUCAUCCAGAGUUUGACCUGCAGCCAAAGAAACCUUCAGACGUGUUUAGUGUUGAUGGAGCAAUCGGAGAUGAUGAAGAGUUUGCUGACUCGAUGAAAAGUCUGCCUUAAGGGGAAUUUCCAUAGAAACAAAAAAACUCGAUUAAAGGAUGUCGAAAAAUAUGAGGCAUACGUGGAUGAGUGAGGAGGUUGAGUCUGAAUAAUUUUAGUAUUUGAAAUGAUAAAAAAGUAUUUAAACAUCCUGAACAUGUGGAUAAAAACACCACAGGGGACAUUAUGUAAUGAUGUGGUAAUGGAGAACUUUGUUGUUGAAAAUCCCAUUAAACUGUAUCUGUGAGCUCCUCACACACUGACUUAUUUAUUAAGAUUGUUCUUUUUUUGUAGUUAUUUUACUUUUGUGAAGGAAAUAUUUAUCUGUUAUUUUAAUUGAAAUCUUUAGAGUCUGCACCUCCAGAGUACACUGAACCCAUAUGUUACCCAAUGCAAUCAGUCUUGUAGAGCACUGAUUAAUGUUAUGUUAAAGGUACAAUACGUAGAAUUUUCACUCUGAUAUGUCUAUGAUAAUUAAAAAUGACUAUUAUUACAUAUA